AUUUGGUAACCCUGGGACGAGGAGCGAGUUGGCCGCCGGGCGUGUGUGGUAAACAAACGUCACCCUCUCGCCCCCGCCCCAGCCUGUCCGGACAAGGCGGUGUCACUGUAGGAGCUGACUCGCACACACCACUAAAGAACACUGGGAUUCCGGGCAUUUCCUCCUCCACUGCCCAAGAUGCCGCCAUGCACCGCCCUCAGCCUCCCUAAUCUGGCUUCAAACUCGUAGACCAGCGCCGCCAUAGCUACUCCCUCACCCCUGUCAUCGCCUUCAAGGGUCCCAAGACAGCUCAGCAGGAUCCAGCCUAAGAGUUGGAAUUCUUCAAAGAUCAAAGACCAAGACCAAAGAUCACAAACAGUCCUGAACCACAUGCUCCUUUAGGGUCCUUGAUGCCGUGGUUCCCUGCCCUACCCAGUUCCCCAAGACGUUGAGGAACACGGUGGUCACAGCGAACCCCACAGAGUAAAAAGCAAUGGUGGAUGUUCUCCCCAAGGUACAAGGUGUUGAUAACGUCUGGGGCACUAAUCAAGCCCCACGCCAUGGCCCGAUGAAUCAACAGUUUUGCACCGGAAAUAACUUUAUGGGUCCUGGCAGAAAUCGUUCCUCCACAUCAGACUAUGGAGGUGGCAGGAAUUCAAGUAGACGAGGCAACAGAAACAGCCGCCAAAGUAGUGGCAAUUACAGUCAAUCAUGGAAAUAUGAAAUGCCUGAACAUUUGUCCGAGUUUGUUCGUGCCCCAAACGUGUUCAAGAACAUCCAAAGAACUCGCAGUCAGACAAGAGUCUAUCUGAAUCAGAUUAAACUGGUUGAAAGCUUGGUAGAUUUUAAGAAGCAUCCCACGGUGUAUUCAGAACCCCUUGAACGACCCAUUCACGGCCAGGCCUGCAAGUGUCUACCCUACAGUGUGAGUGAUUCUUGCAGCAAGACUACAAGUAGCUUGGGAUUGUGCAAUCUCUUGAGGGUGUCCACAAGUAACUCAGACAGAUACUUUCUCACACGGAAGUGUUGUUAUGUCUUCCACUGCCUAAACCUCCGCACCAACUUUAACUAUCCAGACAUACCAAAUAAGUUAAUCAUUAAGGAUGAGUGUGUGGCAACAGCACUGGAGCAGGUGGUGGCUGAGGAGAUGGAGCACAAGGGGCUGGAAACCAGUGACAAGAAGGCAUAUCUUGCCAUCCUCGCCAAGUAUUCCAGCAAGGCCAGUAAGAUCUUGCAUGAAAUGAAGGCUGCUUUGUCCAGCACCCUCAUCAGAUUAACUGGAUAUGUGUUGUUCAAGGUAUUCAGCAACCUGUUCAUGUCAGUGACAGUCCAUGGUGACCAACAGGAGGCGAUAGAAAGGGCAGCACAGAGAGACACUCCUAUUAUAUACCUGCCUCUCCAUCGAUCUCAUGUUGACUACCUCUUUGUCACUUGGGUCCUCUUCAAUAAGCAAAUUCCAGCUCCAAUUGUUGCUGCCGGGGACAACCUUCGUAUUCCUAUUUUUGGAUGGCUUUUGAGAGGUCUUGGAGGUUUCUUCAUCAAGAGGCGUUUGGACACUGGGAAAUCUCGCAAAGACAUCCUUUACCGCUCAUUGCUGCAGACCUACAUGACACAUGCCUUGCAGGCUGGAUACAACCUGGAAUUCUUCAUUGAGGGAGGGCGCACUCGCACUGGCAAGCCUGGAAUGCCCAAAGGGGGCCUCCUCAGUGUCAUUGUAGAUGCGUACAGCAAUGGCACUCUUGAAGAUGCACUUAUCAUUCCCAUAGCAAUCAACUAUGACAGGCUUCUAGAUGGCAACUUCAUCAGAGAACAAAUGGGGCAAAGCAAGGUACCAGAAUCAUUUUGGGGAGCAGUGAGAGCAAUAAUGAAGGCGCUGUCUACUAAUUAUGGUCAUGCAAGAAUUGACUUUGGACAACCAUUUAGUCUCCGAGAAUUCAUCCAGACCGUCAAAAGAGGCUCUGCUCAGCUUGCCAUCAGCCAACCACAGAAUGAGCCACUGCCCGGUUGCACUCCUCCCCUUUCCCCUUCACCUCCUGGUGAAAGUCCACGAUUGUCCAUUGGCAAUUCAAAUCCACAACCUCCCAUGCCUCUGUUUUCUCAGAAGUGCCACCAGCGCUCCUUAUCAACACCAGCAAGCAACAAUCAUUUAGUAUUGAAAAAGACUUAUUCUAAUCCCUCCAAUGCUGCCAAUAUGGCAGACAAAACCACUCCAAAUCUCACAGAAGCCAGAAGCAGUUCCUCUUUAUUUGGCACAGAAGUAACUGAAGAAUACAGAUCACUUGUCAAGUCUCUUGCUGUGCAUAUUGUGUAUGAUGCUGAGCGGUGCCAAGCCAUCAUGUCCACAAAUGCAGUGGCCUGGCUGCUCUCCUUUGUGUACCGAAGCGGAACAAGACUUAGCACGCUGACAAAUGCAUUAGAUGCCCUUCGGGACUCCCUCCGGACUCGAAAAAGGGACACAGGUUUUUCUGGCAAUUCUGAAGAUGUUGUCAGACAUGCGGUGCGUCUACUUGGACCUGGCUUAGUGAGAACAGAACUCCCAGGAGGCAACAAGUCCUCUUCCAGUAAGCCAGACUACUUCGUAGAGCCUGUAACACUCCUGCCAAAUAUCAUUGAGCUCAAUUACUAUGCCAGUGCUCUUGCGCCUCUCUUUGCUGCGGAUUCUAUCAUGGUUACAAGUUUGCUUUCUGUGAUUGAUUGUGAUCUGUGGAGCUACAAAGACUGUUCACCAGAUUGCUUAGUAAAUAGAAAACAGUUGAUGAACCAGGCCGGUCGUCUUGCCACACUACUAGAAAAUGAGUUCCUGUUGGCCCCUCCCUGCGCCAAGGUAGAGGACCGACUCUCUCAAGCUUUUGACAACAUGGUGGACAUGGGCUUACUGCAAGCAUCUGUUUUCCCACAAAAGGGAGGGAGUAGAUGGUCAGAUGAUUCAGAUGAAGAUGAUACUGAAUAUUUCCAUCUGUAUAAGCUUACCCCAACUACAUCAUCCCUAGAAGUUAUUGGUGCUUGGAGGAACACGUUGACUCCUAUGCUGGAUGCAUACUACUAUGCAGCUCACCUCCUUCAGAAGCUGAUAGCUACUCAAAUGCCAGACAAAGAGUUUAUUCAAACUACUCGGAGUUACAUUGAAUCUCUCCUAGAGAAGGGUAUUCUAAGAUAUGGUGAAAGCAUAUGUAUGGAUCCAAUUCGGAAUGCUAUCAAGCUCUUUGAAUCUGAAGGAAUUGUGGAAAGCUACACUCAUGACAGUAUACGCUUGCUGUAUCUUGCCAAAGAGUUUGACUCAGAAGAUAAGCUCAUGCCUUUCAUUAAUGAAAUUGACAGCUACAGGUCUUGAUUGAACACAUUCAGAAGAAACAACUUAAGCUCCCUUGAAGUUGAGUUACUCUGAAGUAGUAACAAAAUUUCUUUUGAGUUAUACAUGAAAGGAAGGAGGUAGACAAACAUGGACAUCCAACUGUUCUUCAUCCAUAUGUCUCCACCCUUCUUCCUUCACAUGGUUUCGUCUUGUGAGCUCUACCAUCUCAAGGAAGAGAAACUUGGUGCCACUGUUAAGGACAGUGUGGAUCUUGAUAUGGUAUCAAGUACGCAGUGUGAUUUUUAUUCUUUCUUCAGCUAACAGCGUAGUCCAUCAGCUAGAAUAGUGAUGUACUUUACUAAUGAAAUUACCAGACUUGUAAAUACAUAUGUAUGUAAGUGCAGGGGGAUGCCAGUACAUAGUUCUUUAUUUUCUGGGAUUUUGUGUUGUCACUAGGUAAUCAUCAUUAUACAAGUUGCUCAAAAUUUGAACUUCAAAUACACUGUAAUAUACAUGAUUUGACUUUAUAUAGCUACAGUUUUCUGCAAGUUUCUGAAGGAUCUAACUUUGAGUAUUUUUUUAGGUGCUACCUACCACAAUAAAAAAGUUCCACUAUAUAAAAAGUUUACUUUUAAUAUAAAUCUUUGAAAUUCUUCUUCCCAUUUUUAUUGGUCUUGCAGAAAAUACAUUUUUGUGAUGUCUGAACUAAUUUUCUUAAAUAGAACAAUAAUCUAGUCAGUUAUUGUUUUCAAUCAAUGUAAAUGUAUAGAGGACUUACUUUGAUAUUGUACUGUUAUAAAUAGAGGGCCAGCAAUGCUGUAAAUGCCAGUUAUUUCACCAAUGUUCAGAAACAUAGCUUGGCACUAAGCACUCAGGUGGUUGCUGUCCAUAUCAAUUAUUGUACAUUAAUUAGCUUGUGGAUCAUCAAUGUACAAAUAAUUAGUAAAAGAUAGCUUCUCAUCAUUAUUAUAUGUUAUUAAUUCAUAUGUAAAAAAAUGUCAUGUAUAUUUGAGUUAAUGUAAUAUUCAUAAGCAAAAGCUGAAGUGCAAUCAUGCUAAACAGAAAUGUACAUAGUGUUUAAUAUUUAUUCACUUGAUGCUACCUAACUGAUGGGAAAAUUUUAUUGCAUUGCAAUACAGAAUUCAUAUUUUUAGUUACCACCAGUUCUACAGGAAACUGUAAUACAUUGCUAGCAUUUAUAAUAAAUAUGAAAAACAUGUAA